GUUUCCGCCGUCUGAACCGAAAUGGUUAAUUUUUUCUCUCCAUCUAAUAAAUUCACUCUGCUUAUUAUUCCAAAUGCCUCCAACCGCCCGCAAACACCACACACAGGCCCGGACUCAACGCUGAGGCACCUCGGCAAUGGGAUCUAAGCGGAGGCGGGCCACCUCCCCGUCCAGCAGUAUCAGUGGUGGUGAUUUUGAGGACAGCCAGCCAGCCUCCAUGCCUUCCACCAGUCGCAAGAGAAGGAGAAUCACAAACAUCCCCACUGUUGAUCCUAUUGCAGUGUGCCAUGAACUCUACAACACAAUAAGAGACUAUAAGGAUGACCAGGGCAGGAUGCUCUGUGAGCUCUUUAUUAGAGCACCAAAGAGAAGGAAUCAGCCGGAUUACUAUGAUGUGGUGUCUCAGCCUAUUGAUAUGAUGAAAAUACAGCAGAAGCUGAAGAUGGAGGAGUACGAUGACGUAGAGCAGCUCACCGUUGAUUUCCAGCUACUCUUCAACAACGCCAAGAGCUACUAUAAGCCUGAUAGUCCAGAAUACCGAGCUGCAUCGAAGUUAUGGGAUCUCUACAUUCGCACCAAGAAUGAGUUUGUGCAGCGAGGAGACUAUGAAGAUGAUGAUGAUGAUGGUGACGACACACAUGACAAUACUGGAGGCUCAUUGGAGGAUGAGCCUGCAUCCAGUCUUAGAGAGGUGUUGGAGCAGCUGCUGGACACAGUGUUGACCUUCACUGAACACGGACGUCUAAUCAGCGAACUCUUCCAGAGACUUCCUUCUAAAUUACAAUACCCUGAUUAUUUUGCUAUUAUCAAGGAGCCAAUAGACCUGAAGGCCAUUGCUCAAAGAAUACAGAUUGGCUACUAUAAGAGUGUGAAUCACAUGGCCAAGGACAUCGACCUCUUGGUCAAAAAUGCAAAAACAUACAACGAACCCGGAUCACAGGUGUUUAAGGAUGCAAACACCAUCAAGAAGGUCUUUGCGCAGAGGAAGAUCGAGCUUGAGCAUACUGAGCCUAUUAAAUCCAGCAUCCGAAUCAGGAACAGAAGGGUAAUACAUGGAGACAGGCUCUCCUCUAUCACCAUGGCUUUACAGUACGGCUCAGAAAGUGAUGAAGAUGGCAUCCUAACAGGCUCGGUGCAUUAUGACGAAGGGGAAUCAGAGGCAGAGAGCAUCCACUCCAACAUGGACAUGUCCAAUCCCAUCUUCCAGAUGUACGAGGCUGUGCGAGGGGGUAGAAACAGCCAGGGCCAGCUCAUAGCUGAGCCUUUCUUUCAGCUGCCCUCUAGAAAAGACUACCCUGACUACUAUCAGCAGAUCAACCAACCCCUCUCCCUGCAGCAGAUCCGAGAUAAAAUGAAGAAUAAUGAAUAUGAGAGUGUGGAGCAGAUGGACUCUGAUCUGAACCUGAUGUUCGAGAAUGCAAAGCGCUGUAACGUUCCCCACUCCCACAUCUACAAACGGGCUCUGAAACUACAGCACGUUCUCCAGCUAAAGAGGAAGGAGUUGUUGAGGAGAGAGGAUGAGGAUGGGGACAGUAUGCUAUCCUCUACUCUGUCGGACGGUGGCAGCAUCAAACGCAAGAGUCAUAAGAAGAACACCAAGAAGAACCGUAUGAAGGCUCUGUACCUGGCUGUGACCGAGGCUCGAGAGUUAGGCUCUGGUCGGAGACUGUGUGACUUAUUUAUGGUUAAACCCUCCAAGAAAGACUAUCCAGACUAUUAUAAAAUCAUACUGGAGCCCAUGGACCUGCGCACUAUAGACCACAACAUCCGGGCAGACCGAUACCAUAACGAGGACGCCAUGGUGGAGGAUAUGAAGCUGAUGUUCCGUAAUGCCAGACACUUCAAUGAAGAGGGCUCACAGGUGUAUAAUGAUGCGAACACUCUGGAGAAGGUUCUGAAGGAGAAAAAGAGAGAACUCGGGCCUGCGCCGGACGACGAUGACAUUAUCGCACCAAAACUCAAAAUAAGAAAGAGUGGCAUCUCCCCAAAGAAGUCCAAGUACCUGACCCCUCUGCAGCAGAAGCUGAACGAGCUCUACGAGGCGGUGAAGAACUACACGGAUAAGCGCGGCCGUCGCCUCAGCACCAUCUUCCUCCGCCUCCCGUCCCGAGCCGAGCUCCCCGACUACUACGUGGCCAUCAAGAGGCCCAUCGACAUGGAGCGGGUCAAAAGCCACAUGCUGGCCAACAAGUACCAGGAUGUUGACGCUUUGGUGGAAGACCUGGUGAUGAUGUUCAACAACGCCUGCACCUACAACGAGCCCGAAUCGCUCAUCUACAAAGACGCACUGGUGCUCCACAAGGUCCUUCUGGAGACCCGGAGGGACUUGGAGGGAGGAGACGACGCCCACGUCCCAGACGUCCCCCGCCUCAUCCAGGACCUGAUUCGCAGUCUCUUCGUGUCCGUGCUGGGUCACCAGGACGACGAGGGACGCUGCUACAGCGACUCGUUGGCGGAGAUUUCAGCAGAGGACCCGGCCCAUCCCGAACGGCCCCCGCUCAACUUCGAAAUCAUACGGGCCAACGUGGAUAAAGGACGAUACAAGCGGCUGGACGUCUUCCAGGACCACAUGUACGAAGUGCUGGAGAAGGCCAGGCGAAUGCACAGGACGGACUCUGAGAUCUUUGAGGACGCAGUGGAGCUGCAGCAGUUCUUUAUCCGGAUCAGAGACGAGCUGUGUAAGAACGGAGAAAUCCUGCUCACCCCGGCACUCAGCUACACCUCCAAACACCUGCACAGCGACGUGGAGAAGGAGAAGAAGGAGAAGCUGCCUAAAGAGUUCGAGGAGGACAAACAAAAGAGGGAGGAGGAGAAGAAGGAAGCAGAGAAGAGUGAGGAGUCCUCUGGGGGGACGUGGCAGGGGGGCCUUCAGCGGACGUACAGUCAGGACUGCAGUUUUCAGGACAGAAUGUAUCAUGUAGGAGACUAUGUUUACGUAGAGCCUGCUGAGCCAAACCUACAGCCCCAUAUCGUCUGUAUAGAGCGCCUCUGGCAGGAUGACACAGGGGAGAAAUGGCUGUAUGGCUGCUGGUUCUACAGACCCAAUGAAACCUUCCAUUUGGCCACCCGCAAAUUCUUGGAGAAAGAAGUGUUUAAAAGUGAUUACUACAACAAAGUUCCUGUCAGCAAAAUUCUGGGCAAAUGUGUGGUCAUGUUUGUGAAGGAGUACUUCAAGCUCAGUCCCGAGAACUUCAGGCCCGAAGACGUUUUCGUCUGCGAGUCGCGUUACUCUGCCAAGACUAAAUCCUUCAAGAAGAUCAAAAUGUGGACCAUGCCUCUCAGUUCAGUGAAGUUCGUGCCUCGAGACGUGCCACUGCCUGUGGUUCGAGUGGCCUCAAUGUUUGCACCUAAGCCAGAAACCGAAAAGCCUUCAGAGCCGGCUGAGGACAACAAAAAUUUAACCUCUAUCAUCGAUAAGGAGAAGGAGGACGUUCCUGUGGAGGUCACCAAUGGGGAGCCAGGCUGUCAGUACUAUGAGCAGCUCAGCUACAACGAUAUGUGGCUAAAAGUGGGCGACUGUGUCUAUAUUCGCUCUCACGGCUUGGUGCGCCACCGAGUGGGCAGGAUAGAGAAGAUGUGGGUGCGUGAUGGGGCUGCCUACUUUUUUGGCCCAAUCUUCAUCUACCCCGAAGAGACUGAACACGAGCCGACCAAGAUGUUCUACAAAAAGGAAGUGUUCCUUAGCAACCUGGAGGAGUCUUGCCCAAUGACCUGCAUUACAGGGAAGUGUGCAGUGUCCUCGUUUAAAGACUACCUGUCGUGCCGUCCGACCGAAGUGCCAGAAGAAGACGUGCUGCUGUGUGAGAGUCGCUAUAUCGAAAGCGAGAAACAGAUGAAGAAAUUCAAAGGCCUCAAACGCUUCUCCUUUUCUGCCAAAGUAGUAGAAGAUGAAAUCUAUUAUUUUAGGCAACUGAUAGUGCCUCAGAAGGAGCCGUCUCCUCUCCUGGACAAGAAGAUCGAGGAGCUGGAGGCUAAGUUUGCCGACAUGACGGAUGAAGAGCUGGAGGAUCUGGGCGAUGACGAUGGCGAAGGAUCUGAUGCCCAAGGCAUGCCUCAGAUGCAGACACCUUUGUCCAGUGAUAUGGACAUGAUGCAGUAUACACCUACACAGUCCACACCCAAGUCCAUCAAGGGCCUAUCAAAGAAGGAGGGAGCGAAGAGGAAGAUCAAUAUGAGUGGCUACAUCCUAUUCAGCAGCGAGAUGCGGGCGGUGAUCAAGGCCCAGCACCCAGAUUUCUCCUUUGGGGAGCUCAGCCGCCUUGUGGGCACAGAGUGGAGAAACCUGGAGUCGGCCAAGAAAGCUGAGUAUGAAGAGCGGGCAGCCAAAGUAGCCGAGCAGCAGGAGCGCGAGAGAGCGGCUCAGCAGCAGAACUCCCCGAGAGCAGGUACCCCAGUAGGGGCGCUCAUGGGGGUGGUGCCCCCUCCGACCCCUAUGGGGAUGCUUAGCCACCGCAUGACACCUAUGGCAGGCAUGAUGGGUAGCUUCCAGCCUCCCAUGCCACCGCUGCUAGGUCCUGUUGAUGGUAUUGUUAGUAUGGCUGGCAUGCAUCCACACCACAUGCAGGGCAUGCUCGGGUUGCCAGGCAUGCUGUACCCCCCGGGGAUGAAUGGGAUCGCUCCUGGGACUGCAGGAAACCCUUAUGGAGCACAGGCAGGAGUUAUGGGUUCCAAUCAGCAAGCUCCUCCACCCUACCCAGGGCAGGGGCAGGUAGGCCAGCCUGCCCUCCAGCAACCUUCUACGCCUAUUUUUGUAGCUCCUCCUCCAAAACCACAGAGACUGCUCCACUCAGAGGCCUACCUGAGGUACAUUGAGGGCCUCAAUGCAGAGUCUUCUACUGUGAGUAAAUGGGACCAGACACUGUCAGCCCGUAGGAAAGAUGUCCGCCUCACAAAAGAGCAAGAAAGCCGACUUCCUACCCACUGGCUGAAGAGCAAGGGGGCUCACACCACCAUGGCCGACGCUCUGUGGCGACUGAGAGACCUAAUGCUGAAAGACACCCUGAACAUUCGACACACUUACAACAUCCAGAACAUCUAAAUUUGGAUGAUUUCAAAUGUCAUGUGUUAAACACGGCACAGUUUAGCUUAUAGCAUAACGCCAAAUCGGGUGCUUAAAAAAAAUGAAGAAAGCACUGAACUGUGCCUCCGAGGAACCGUGUCGACCCCUCGAGUUCAAACUAUUCCGUUCAUUCUCUAAUACAUGAGUCCGCUGUAGUGUUUUUAACGUGUGUAACGUUUUGUAAAGUGUUAAGCGUAGUCUCGUUGACUUUGUUAGUGUUCUUGUAAGUUCAUAGCACUUUAAAUAUAUAUUUACAUUUUAGUUUGUUAUUAACUGUUGCUCUAAGAUAGACGAACAUUUUCAUAAAAUGUUGUAAAACUUCACCUGUCGAUGCCUUCAUUGCCUUUUCUCCAUUAGUCUGAAGAUUGUUUGAAGUUAGUUAGAUACGUAAAGCAACUUGAAAAUAAUUCAAUGUAGCCUGGGGAUGUUUUAAGCCCAGCUUUACUUCACUCAAACUAUUCCCUACCGAGGGUAGGUGAUUUUUUUUUCUCUUUUCUUUCGUUUUCUCAUAAGAACGGAUGAAGUGAUUUUCAUAUCUUCUCAUUUGAAUUAGCUGGAAUGCAUUUCAGUGUGAAAAACAUUUACUGCUGAGUUAGUGUUCCAAUAAACUGCCAUUCACGGUG